CGCAGUUAACGUUUGCCAUUCAUUGAAAACGGCCGCAACGGUUCGAAAACAAACAAAAAAAAAAUUUUGAAAAAUUUACAAAAUUUCUAUAACAUAUUUUUUUUUUUUCAUUAGCAAAAUUUUAUUUUUAUUGUUAUUAAGUAAAAUAAACGAAAAGUAAUAAGAAAAGUUGUUAAAAAAAAUUUAUAAAGAAAAAGAUUUAUUUAUAAAGAAUUUUUUAAGUUGUUUGAGAUAUUUUUAAUUUGAAAAAAGUAACGUACUUUUUUUGGUUUUUUAAAGGGAUAUAAAAAGUGUUGGGGCUCUUUUAGAGAGUUUUAACUAGAAUUUUUUUUAUGUUUGACAACAAAUUUAAAUUGCAAACUGCUAAGAAAAUAAAAGAAACAGCAGAAUUACAAAAUAAAAAAAUUAUACAAAAAAAAAGUGAAGUUGAAUGGACUCCACAUUUAAUGCUGAUUUGCAUCCAACUCAUCCAUUCUCGCAUACAAUUCUAAAAUAAAUACAACAACAACAACAAAGCAAGUGUAAAAGUAUUAAUACAAAAUAUAUACAAAUAAAGCAACAACAAAAUUAUAAAAAAGUAAAUAAAUAAAAUAAAAAAUUUAUAUAAAUCCACACACUCACAUAUAAAAUCCCAAAACAACAACAACAACAUCAUCAUCAACAUCAUCGAGUGCGUUUUUUUCCCCAAUCCCAAAUAAAUUGAAAAUAAAGAUAUUUAAGCUUAAAAAGUAAUAAAAAUAUAAUAAAAAUAAUAAAAAAAAUAAUCACAUAAAACAAAAAAAGUUAACAAAUUAAAAAUAAAAAACGGCAAAAAAUUAAAGGUUUUAGACGUGUUAAGCAUUUUUAAAAAAUACGUUCUUUUUUCGCCAUUUCAUUCAAUAAAUAAAAUUGAAUAUAAAAAAAAACUUUAAGUGACAAAUCCUGUGCUCCUUUAAAGUCAAUGCAAAUUUAAAAAAAAAGUAUUACUAUUCUUCAUCACUGCCACCCCGCCCCCUACCCCCUUAAAACGAGGCAAACAAAUAUUACUUCAACCAUCCAGAGGCAUCAAAAUCAUUACUUAACCAUCAACAGGAUUAAAAAUUCCUCCUCUAUUUAAGUUUUGGCGACUUUUUUUCAACGUUUUUCUUCUCUACACAUCUUCUACAUUUUAAUGGUAAAUUCUGUGCGUUAUGGUCGCGUACCAAAACGUUCACGUGAGCUGAAUGGCGGCACGCCAUCAUCCACAGAGGAUCCAAACGCUGUUGUUGUUGUAAAUUCGUGUGAUUUACGGCGUGUCAGCACACCGGGAACACCGAACACACCACAAACUCCACAAAUGUGUUCCAUAGCAUCAUCACCAUCCGAAUUGAGCGGCUGUAAUGCCACCACCAACAAUAACAACUCAAACAGUUCGGGUCUCGUCGUCGGGCCCAGCAAUGGUGGCGGCGUUGGUGUCGGCGUCAGUGUUGGCAUGGGUGUCGGUGUUGGUGUCGGCAAUCUAAAUGCCCAACAAUUACAGACGGCCCACCAUGAGGGUCAUCAUUUGAAUGACGCAAUGAUGGCCGGUACGGGUACAGAACUAUCAGUUUACGAUGUGAUUAUGUGCGUUUCCCAGGCUCAUCGCAUGAAUUGCGCAUACACAGAAGAACAGACCAGAGAUUUAAUGCGUCGUCCCUUAAAUGUACCGCCCAAUGGUGUAAGUAGUUAUUUAAUUUCAUCGGUGGCGGAGAGUAUGGAAUUUCAAAAAAUUUGGCUUUGGCAACAGUAUGCUGCACGUGUGACACCCAAUGUUCAACGUAUUGUAGAGUUUGCUAAACGUUUACCUGGCUUCUGUGAUUUUACCCAAGAUGAUCAACUGAUACUCAUUAAAAUGGGCUUUUUCGAGACAUGGCUUACCCAUGUGGCCCGCAUGAUAACCGAUUCAACAUUAACCUUUGAUGAUGGUACAUAUUUGACUAGACAACAUUUAGAGAUCAUAUAUGAUACCGACUUUGUGGUUUCAUUAUUUAAUUUUGCAAAUACUAUCAACGUUUAUGGUCUCAGCGAUACAGAGAUUGGUCUCUUCUCCGCCAUGGUACUGCUGGCGUCCGAUAGGCCCGGCAUUUCCGAAGCCAAAAUGAUUGCACGAACAAGAGAACGCAUCACGGAAGCCUUAAGAGUACAAAUCGUACGUUCGCGCAAUGGCACCACACAAGCCCUACAACUAAUGCCAGCUCUGGAAGCUAAAAUACCAGAAUUAAGAUCGUUGGGUCUCAAACACAGUGCCCACUGUAAUUGGUUGCGUUUAACGAAACCAAGAUUGCCACCAUUAUUUGCCGAACUCUUCGACAUUCCCAUGGAUGAUGAAGCGUAAAUUUGUUUGGACUAGAAAUUAAGAAACAACAAAAAUGGCGGCUUGUUUUUUACCGUUAGAAGAAACAAAAAACAAAACAAAAAAGAUAAGACUACUAAAGCAAAUAUGCAAAAAAACAAAACAAACACAUAAAAUUAAAUACAAAAUAAUUAUAAUUAAU